UCUUACCUCAUAAUAAUAGCUCUCAUUCAUUGAUUUCUUUUUCACUAUCCAAACAAAACCCUCGUUUCACACUUUCAUCACACAUUCGCUAACUCCAAUUCUCAGUAAUGUGAACUCAACCACCAACACAUACAUGCAUUCCUCGUGAGUUUUUCUUUCACCUUUCAAAGGAGGAUAUUGUUCUCAUUCAAGAAAAAUGAAGCAUGCUUUAAUCAAGGUUAACCAUUGUGAUUCUCAUACUACUGAGAAUUCAAAAAGUCUUAAUCAUGAUGAUAAACUAAUAAGGUUAGAAAGGCGAUGGAGAAGACGGGAGGCCAGGAAUGAUAGUUUGCAGAACAACUAUGUUGCUAGUGCUACAAGGACAACUACAAAGAUUUGUGAAAAUACAUCUGUUUCAAUUGAUAAAAAUAAUCAUAUGAUAGAUGAUGAAAUAGAUGAAGAUUGGGCAAAAUAUUUGGCUACAUAUACUGGUGAUGACGAUGAUGAAGUGGAUUCAGACUACGAAGCCGAUUUGGCUACAUAUAAUGAUGAUAUUGAAGCUGAUAGUACUAGUAAUCAAAGUCGUGACAAUGAAGUGGAUCCGGAUUACGGAGCCUAUCUGGCUAAUAGUAAUCUUGAUAUUGGAGCUGAUCGUGCUAGUAAUCAGAGUCGUGACAGUGAUGAAGUGGAUCCAGAUUACGGAACCUAUCUGGCUAAUAGUAAUCUUGAUAUUGGAGCUGAUCGUGCUAGUAAUCAGAGUCAUGACAGUGAUGAAGUGGAUCCAGAUUACGGAACCUAUCUAGCUACAUAUAAUCCUGAGAUUGAAGCCGAUAGUGCUACUAGUAAUCAGAGUGGUGACAGCGAUGAAGUGGAUCCAGAUUAUGCAUCCUAUCUGGCUACACUUAAUCCUGAUUUUGAAAUUGAUUGUGCUAGUAGUCAUAGUGAUGGUUCAAACAUUGAUGCCGACUUUGGCAACAACAGUGUCAGUGAGGAAAUAGAAGAAGUUGAAGAUGAUCAGUUACUACGAAAAAGGUCAAGUGUUAGGCGAAAUUCACUAGUUUCUGAUCAGGCGUUUGAUAAUCCUAAAGUGCAGGAUAAUGUUGAUGAAGAUUAUGAAGCAUUGCUUAAUGCUGUGACGAUUGUUGAUGAUGAAGAGGAGUAUUUUCGUGUUAAGAAUCCCACAAACACGCCCAAUGUGGAGGAUAGGAGCAAUUCCUCUGAUUCUGAUCUAAUUGUUAUGGAUUCUAUUCCAAUUUGUGAAAACACUCCGUUCAUUUCUUCAAAAGCAUAUGAUUUAUCUUGUUUACGAGAAGAAAUGAACCCGGACAACAUGGACUACAACAUGCAAAUAUCUGCAUGUUAUGAUUCUCAAUUUAGGAGAAGUCUUAUGGAAUGUCUUGACAAGCCUUAUGACCAAGAAGAGUAUGAUCGCCGUAUGCACGACAUAUCUAAGCGACAUUUAAAAGAACGCCAUGUUGAAACACGGCAGGGGGUGGUGAAAUCAUAUCACUCUAAAGGUGUUUCCAACUCUUAUCUUGAUUGGUACCCUGAUCUAGACAAAGCUAUUACCGAGUUCAAGGAAGAGCAGAGGGUUUUGUUUCUCUUGCGUGGAUUUUUUUUCUGGAAUACACACGUCAACCACCCGGGACGAUUUCAGCCUUGGCUUGACAAACGAUGUUUGGAGAAAUUGCGAAAAAUGUAAAAAUGGAAUCUCUUGUAUCUAGGAUUUGGAAGCAAUGGUUUUUGAAUCUGGACAGGCAACAAAGUCUAUAUGUACAGUUAAAUUUAUCACUGAACUAUGACACAGUUAGAGAAACUGAACCUUAAAAAUCACUAUUUCUACUGCCUUAUGCCAACCUCUAUGUUGGAUGGAUCCUUUUUUUCAAGAGGAGCUCACACACACAAGUUAAAAGGAAGAAAAACCCAAAAUAUUUCUCUGAUCUUAAAAUUUGAUAUCGUCAAACAGGGCUAUAUAAUCUUUUGAAGUUGUCUUUAAGCUUAUAGCUUAUAUAAUCUUUUGAGUAUAUGCCAUAAA